AUGGAUAAAAAGUCAUUCGGUCAAACUUUCUGCGGAGAAUACUACGGUGCUAUGAUGAAGGAUAAGUCUCAAAGAGGAGCUAUGCUUAACUUCUACGGUUAAGACUCCUAAAUGAUUUACAAUGGUGAAGAAUGCAACGGACUCCCAUAAAUUGCCAGAAAAAUUGAAUCCCUCGGUUACGAAAAGAUUAUUUACAAAAUUGAAGACUUAGACAUCAUUGAAAGACCUGGUUGUUACGUUAUGCUCAUUUUUGGUGCUCUCUAAAUGGAUAACAGCGACGAAUUUAGAUUUACCCAAACUUUCAAUGUCGUUUAAAACUAAAACGGUGGUUUCUACAUCCAAACUGAUAUUUUGAGACUUAUUUUCUGA